CGCGCCGCAGCUCCGGCCCGGGGCCGGCCGCUCGCUUCCAGCCGGGCACCCAGGCCUUGCUGGUGCCGAGGUGGCUGGCGAAGGCACCCUUCCCACUUCCUUCUGCUCAUUUCCCAGUUGGCUCCUGGCUUCUCCCAUGGCCUGUUCUGUGGCCGCCUAGGUCGGGCGUCUGUGGCUGCAGGCUGCGCUGCUCCGGGCGCAGGACGCCGGGCUGCCUCCGGGGCAGGGCUGGCCGCCGCGGUCUCCAUGGUAACGGCCCCGCCGGCGGCCGGGCCUCUGGGGGAAGAUGCGGCCUGCCGGGCCCGCCGCCUCGCCCCCGGCCUCUCGGUCCGGCGGGGGUCACUAAGGAGCGGGGGCCCGGCCGGCAGCCUGCCUGACAGCGGGCACCAGUGAGAUCCCACUCUCUGGCUGGAGACACAGAUGGCCUCAAAUGAGAGAGAUGCUAUAUCAUGGUAUCAGAAGAAGGGUUUCAAAAACAAACCAAAAAAAAUGGGCCAUAUAAAACCAGACUUGAUUGAUGUUGACUUAAUCAGAGGCUCAACAUUUGCCAAAGCCAAGCCUGAGAUUCCAUGGACCUCACUCACUCGGAAGGGGCUUGUUCGAGUGGUGUUUUUCCCGUUGUUCAGCAGUUGGUGGAUUCAGGUUACCUCUCUCAGAAUCUUUGUUUGGUUGCUGCUACUUUACCUCAUGCAAGUCACAGCAGUCGUGUUGUAUCUCCUGAUGCCUAUCGUGAGCGCCAGUGAAGUGCUUGGACCCUUGUGCCUUAUGCUACUCCUGGGAACUGUCCACUGUCAGAUUGUGUCGACUCAGAUAACAAGGCCAUCAGGAAACAAUGGAAAUCGGAGAAGAAGAAAAUUACGAAAAACUGUAAAUGGUGAUGGGAGCCGAGACAAUGGAAAUAACUCCCCUGAUAAAGUCAGAGCAGUAGAAACUCUGGAGUCUGCAUCCAGUGUUGGUGGUUUUUGGGGGACUCUCUUUGGCAACAGGAUUAAUAGGGUGAAAUUAGUAUCUAACAAAGGGACUGAAACUGAUCAUGACUCAGGCUGCUUCCAUCCCAUCAUCAAGAAGGGACAGGGUCGGCCGGAGGUCAGGAUGUGGCAAGCAAGAGAGAGAGCGAAGGUUUCGGAUGCACAAAAGUGCCGUAGGGAGGCUUAUAGGCGUUUGGGUAAUGGAAUUUCAGACGAUCUGUCAAGUGAGGAGGAUGGUGAAGCACGGACACAGAUGAUAUUAUUGCGUAGGAGUGUGGAAGGGGCGUCAAGUGACAAUGGUUGUGAAGUUAAGAAUAGAAGGUCAAUACUUUCAAGGCACCUAAAUUCUCAGGUAAAGAAAACCACGACAAGGUGGUGUCAUAUUGUUCGGGAUUCAGAUAGUCUGGCUGACUCAGAAUUUGAAUCAGCAGCCUUCAGCCAGGGUUCUAGAUCUGGUAUGAGUGGUGGCUCUCGGAGCCUUAACUUGUCAAGAAGAGACUCAGAAAGCACCCGACAUGACUCCGAGACCGAGGAUAUGUUAUGGGAUGACCUUCUCCAUGGCCCAGAGUGCCGGUCAUCUGUCACCAGUGACAGUGAGGGGGCUCAUGUAAAUACCAUUCAUUCAGGGACCAAACGUGACCCCAAAGAAGAUGUUUUUCAGCAGAACCAUUUAUUCUGGCUUCAGAAUUCAAGUCCUGCCUCUGAGCGGGUUAGUGCAAUAAUCUGGGAAGGAAAUGAGUGCAAAAAGAUGGACAUGUCUGUGUUGGAGAUAAGCGGCAUCAUCAUGAGCAGGGUCAAUGCAUACGAGCAAGGUGUUGGCUAUCAGAUGCUGGGGAAUGCAGUCACAGUUGGCUUAGCACUUUUCCCAUUUUUAUAUCGACUUUUCCGAGAGAAGAACUUUGACCAACUAAAGUCCAUCUCAGCAGAGGAGGUUCUGACCCUCUUCUGUGGUGCGCCACCCGUCACACCUGUUGUUAUUUUGUCUAUAAUUAAUUUUAUUGAAAGAUUGUGUCUUACGUGGAUGUUUUUUUUCAUGAUGUGUGUGGCAGAGAGAACAUAUAAGCAGAGAUUUUUAUUUGCAAAACUCUUCAGCCAUAUUACUUCUGCCAGGAAGGCUAGGAAAUAUGAAAUACCUCAUUUCAGACUUAAAAAGGUGGAGAACAUUAAAAUAUGGUUAUCGCUGCGCUCCUAUCUAAAGAGGCGGGGUCCACAGCGCUCAGUGGAUGUGGUUGUGUCCUCUGUCUUCUUACUGACACUUUCAAUUGCUUUCAUUUGUUGUGCACAGGUUCUUCAAGGUCACAAGACAUUCCUGAAUGAUGCUUACAACUGGGAGUUCUUGAUCUGGGAAACAGCAUUGCUGCUUUUCUUGCUUCGUCUGGCCUCACUGGGGUCAGAAACCAACAAGAAGUACAGCAACGUUUCCAUCCUGCUCACUGAACAGAUUAAUUUAUAUCUUAAAAUGGAAAAAAAGCCCAAUAAGAAAGAACAGCUCACUCUAGUAAACAAUGUAUUGAAGCUAUCCACAAAGUUGUUAAAGGAGCUGGACACACCAUUUAGACUUUAUGGACUGACCAUGAACCCCUUAAUCUACAACAUCACAAGAGUAGUCAUCCUUUCUGCUGUCUCUGGUGUUAUAAGCGAUCUUCUAGGAUUCAACAUAAGACUGUGGAAAAUUAAGUCCUGAGCUGAGAUGUGUGCCUGGACUCUCCUGGCUGGUGUCACUGCUCCCACUGAGGACAAAGAUGGCUCACAGAAACCAGUGGCCCCACCUGCAGGCCCACACGUAUCAGCCUCUCCACUCAGCCCAGUCUAACGAAUGGAGUUUCGGCACAUCCUUUCCCCGGGCCUGUGUUAAAAACCUUCACUUUCAUGGUUCUCAAGCAACGUGAAUAGUCAGCAAACUAAAGCCUGCCUCACAAAGACUCAGGCUAUUUCCUGAGUCAGGACAUUUACCUUGGAGCCUCCAGUACUGUGCUAGUUAUACUUACUGUAAAUAGUCUUUUGGGUAACCAUGGUAGAUGCCCAAAGCAUGAAGCAACUAUCUCUUAUUGGAAAUAUGCAAAUGCAGUACUUUUCUAUUAUAGUCUACGGAUUGGGGAUUUCUCUAUCAGAAAGAGAGAAACUAUUUUAGGUUGAAUCCAAAUAAAAGAACUUUACUAGAGAAUUUCAGUUUCUAGGCUUUUUUUGCAGUGAGGGUGGGAAUAACUUGAAACAGAACUUUGUUCAUUUUUGUUCAUUUUUACUGGAAGUAAUCUCCUUUAGAGUUAAGCGAGUAAGUACAUUGUUGGUGAGCCAUGCAUGCUCACGAGUUGGCAGCAUGCCCAUCCGAUGGCACGGCCUCUGAUGGUUUGCCUACUAUGCAGCGGUGUGUAUCCAGCCUCUAGUGCACUUGAGGUCUGCAGCGUCUUAACGAUGGUUCAUACUUUGCUGCGGAUGUAGCCUUACUUGUUAGUGACCCAGCAUGCAUGCGUGGUUAAUGGAGACAUCGGCUUUCCUGCUCACCAGGUUCCCUACUUGGAAGAAUUUCUUGAGGAAGACUGGAAGUAUGAACACCUUAAUGGUAAGCUUUUGUAGAACUUGGUUUUCUCAUGUACUACAGUUAUCAUGGGAUUGGUUUUACAUCUUUUUUUUUAUGUGUAUGAUUGUUUUGCUU